AUGUAUUCUUAUAUGAAUUGGGAUGGAUUAAAACCUUAGAAAUGGAGAGAUAAAGGAAGAAAGAAAUUUGAAUAAUAAGCAUUAGAAAUAAUUACUCCUAGAGAAAGUGAUGUAUUCAAUAGUUAAAUUGAAUCUAAAUCCAUACGACCUUAAAUAUAAAAUUAAUUAGAAAUAUACAAAACUCCAAUAUGGAAAUAAUCACUUAAUAAUUAAGAAUCAAAUAGAUUAGAGAAGUUUUAUUCAGAACCUAAUUUACGAAAAUAAUUCGAACCAUUAAAUAGAUAAAUAUAUUUUGAAAGAAAACAUUUGCGUUAAGAAAAAGAUGGUCAUUUAGAAGAUAUAGAUUAUGGCAUAAAAACAUUUGAUGUAAAUUAUUAUAAUAGAUAUUUAAGGUAGCAAAUAAAGAAACUAAUUAAGGUUAUAUUUUAGAAGAUGAAAUGUAAAGAAAAAUAAGAGUAAAUGAUCAUAGAAAUGGAAUAGGAACACAUUUUUUAGGAGAUAAAGCUUACCAUAUUCCUGAAUAUAGUUCAAAUUUUUAUAAACAUCCUGACGGUGCGAUUCCUGGUUCUAAUAUAUAAUAUCGACAUUAAUUUAAAUAAUUAUCUAAAUGA